AUGGUCCGUUCAACAAUAAUCGUCCGGGCUUCAGAUGCUCUUCCCCUCGCUGCCAGUGUAGACGAUGAGCAGACUGAGAACGCACUCCAAGAGCACAAACAACAGGCCAAGCUCAUCUUCCGCCGAAUAACGCCCAAUUCAGAACCUCGACUCUCAAUAGAGAGCGGGGCUUACUCUCUUCACUACCUCAUCGCGGACAAUGUCGUGUAUCUGACCAUAGCGGAGAAGUCAUAUCCCCGAAAACUCGCGUUCUCGUACUUGGACGAACUUUCCAAAGAGUUUGCAACAUCAUACGGUCCGAAGGUCGAAACCGUGCGGAGACCCUACGCAUUUGUGGGCUUCGAUACUUUCAUGUCCAAGACGGCUCGUCUUUACAGUGAUACACGGACGGCCAGUGCAGCAGCAGGCGGCUCGAGUCUUGACCAUAUAAAUGACGACCUACAAGACGUGACAAGAAUCAUGACGAAGAACAUGGAGGAGCUGUUGUGGAGAGGCGAUUCACUAGACCGAAUGUCACAUUUGUCGAACUCACUUCGAUCAGAGUCAGAAAAAUACCGCAAGGCGGCGCGGAACAUCAACUUCCAAGCUAUGUUGCGUCAGUAUGCUCCUCUGGCCGGCGUCGUCUUUCUCAUCAUCAUCCUGCUCUGGUGGAGGUUUUCGUGA